CUGGGAGCCGGCCUGGCCCGCGUGCUCCUUUAAGGCAACUCGCCCGCGGAGGAGUGUGUUUCGCCCCCUCCGACCGCGCCGAGGUAGCUGCUUCACCUUUAAGGCGGCGCGGGGACUGCUGGGAAGGCCGGUGGGAUGGAGGCAGCGGGAUCGGCUCACGGCCACGGAUCCCGGUGAAGCGGGGCGGGAGCCGGAGCCGGAACCGGAACCGGAGCCGGGCGGAGCCAGAGGCGCAGAUCGGCGCGGGCCGAUCGGUCCAGGAAACCCGCGGUGUGGCCCUAGGCCCGGUGCCCGCCUGCCCGCCCCUCGCCAUCACAGGCGGCGCGACCAUGGCCACGAUGGUGCUUCCGCGGGAGGAGAAGCUGAGCCAGGAUGAGAUCGUUCUGGGCACCAAGGCCGUCAUCCAGGGAUUAGAGACCCUACGUGGGGAGCAUCGUGCUUUGCUCGCUCCCCUGGCCUCUCAUGAGGCCAGCGAGGCCGAGCCAGGCUCUCAGGAACGCUGCCUCCUCCUUCGCCGCUCCUUGGAGGCCAUAGAGCUGGGGCUGGGGGAGGCCCAGGUGAUCCUGGCACUAUCCAGCCACCUGGGUGCCGUGGAAUCAGAAAAGCAGAAGCUUCGGGCUCAAGUGCGACGGCUGGUGCAGGAGAACCAGUGGCUGCGCGAGGAGCUGGCAGGGACGCAGCAGAAGCUGCAACGCAGUGAGCAGGCAGUGGCUCAGCUGGAGGAGGAAAAGCAACACCUGCUGUUCAUGAGCCAGAUUCGAAAGCUGGACGAGGACACCUCCCCCAAUGAGGAGAAGGGGGAUGUUCCCAAAGACUCUCUGGAUGACUUGUUCCCCAACGAGGAUGAGCAGAGCCCAGCCCCUAGCCCUGGAGGAGGGGAUGUGGCUGCUCAGCAUGGAGGCUAUGAAAUACCAGCACGGCUCCGUACCCUGCACAACCUGGUGAUCCAAUACGCUGCUCAGGGCCGCUAUGAGGUGGCUGUGCCACUCUGCAAGCAGGCGUUGGAGGACUUGGAGAAGACAUCAGGCCAUGACCACCCCGAUGUGGCCACCAUGCUCAACAUCCUAGCACUGGUCUAUAGGGACCAGAACAAGUACAAGGAGGCUGCCCACCUGCUCAAUGAUGCCCUGGCCAUUAGGGAGAAGACACUGGGGAAGGACCACCCAGCUGUGGCUGCAACACUGAACAACCUGGCAGUUCUGUAUGGCAAGCGGGGCAAGUACAAAGAGGCUGAGCCACUGUGCAAGCGGGCCCUGGAGAUCCGGGAAAAGGUCCUGGGUAAGUUUCACCCAGAUGUAGCCAAGCAGCUCAGCAAUCUGGCCUUGCUGUGCCAGAACCAGGGCAAAGCAGAGGAGGUGGAAUACUACUACCGGAGGGCGCUGGAGAUCUAUGCUACCCGCCUUGGGCCUGAUGACCCCAAUGUGGCCAAGACCAAGAACAACCUGGCUUCCUGUUACCUGAAACAGGGCAAAUACCAGGAUGCAGAGACUCUAUACAAGGAGAUCCUCACCCGUGCUCACGAGAAGGAGUUUGGCUCUGUCAAUGGGGACAAUAAGCCCAUCUGGAUGCAUGCUGAGGAACGGGAGGAGAGCAAGGAUAAACGCCGGGACAGCGCCCCCUAUGGGGAGUAUGGCAGCUGGUACAAAGCCUGUAAGGUUGACAGCCCCACAGUCAACACCACCCUGCGCAGCUUGGGGGCCCUGUACCGGCGCCAGGGCAAGCUGGAAGCUGCGCACACCCUGGAGGACUGUGCCAGCCGCAGCCGCAAGCAGGGCCUGGACCCUGCAAGCCAGACUAAAGUGGUAGAACUGCUGAAAGAUGGCAGUGGUGGGCGGGGAGACCGCCGUGGCAGCAGAGAUGUGGCUGGAAGUGCUGGGCCUCGGUCUGAGUCUGACCUCGAAGAGACUGGGCCUACAGCUGAGUGGAGUGGGGAUGGCAGCGGCUCAUUGCGGCGCAGUGGUUCUUUUGGGAAGCUCCGGGAUGCUCUGAGGCGCAGCAGUGAGAUGCUGGUGAAGAAGCUGCAAGGGGGUGGCCCCCAGGAGACCCCUAACCCCAGAAUGAAGCGGGCCAGUUCCCUCAACUUCCUCAACAAGAGCGUGGAAGAGCCAGUCCAGGUAGGGGCAGAGGGUCUUGGGCAUUGGGCAGCUGAGGCCCAGGCCCCUGCCCUGGGUCCCAAGUCUGCAAGUGCUCCUGCCCAGCUUCUCCUGGAGCAUGUCUCUUGAUUAAGCAAUGUUCUGUCCCUGUCCCAGGCCUGCUUUGGACUGGACAGCAGGGAGACAGAUGAGAACACAGCCCCUGCCCUGGGGUGGACAUGUACAGGGCCAGUGCCAACAUAGUAACCGUGGAGUGACAGGAGUGUCAGACACUGGGGUGUGGCCUUGGGCCAGACCUGCCUCUCCCCAGCUGGGGGACACAGGCUGUGUCUGCUACAAAGGAAUGGCUGGGUCAGGCCCUUGGGGCCUGGAAGCACAAUCCCAGCAGCAUAAGGCUGAGUCACCUACCCCUCUGCCCACAGCCUGGAGGUACAGGUCUCUCUGACAGCCGCACCCUCAGCUCCAGCUCCAUGGACCUCUCCCGUCGAAGCUCCCUGGUGGGCUAAUCCUGAAGGGGGAGCCAGUCAUCAGAGCCUCCACCGGGCAUAGCCCCUACCCCCUGCCCUGCGCAUGGGCCUGCUGCUUGUCCUGCCUGUCUCUCCCAAGAACCCCCGUCUUUUCUGUUCAAUCUCAGGGUAACCUCUCCCCUUGUCAUCUCAGCCUGAGCCCUGGAGGCCGGGCCUGCCAGCUCCAGCUCUACCCUUAUUUAUUCCUUCCAGCAGGGGCCCCUCUUCCCUAGGAUACAGGCCAGAGGGAAGGGCUGGCUGGAGUCUCCAAAAUAACUCGGUGUCCUGCCCUCCCCAGAUCCUGGACUGGAGAACACUAAGCACCUGCCCAACCUUCAGCACUCUUGCCCUCCAUCCCGAUCCCCGCCCCCACCGGCCGUUGCUUCUGUAUAUAGAGAAAUAAGUUAUUGGCCGCGCCCCACCCCUCAGUCCAUGUACUCCCUGGGCUUCCCUUCGCCCGCCCUUCUCCAGUGGUACCGCCCAGGCCUUAAUCACCUCCAUUCCGCGCGGUGGUAUCUCCCAUGCUCCAUGUUCUUAGGGGCGGCGCCUCCGCAUAGGGUUUCCUGGACUUCCUCGCGCUUCUGGCCUCCGAGGGAUACGUCCCAUCGCGCCUUGCCCGGUGCCCCAGGACUGAGGGUCUGAACCCGAGCCCAUCCUCCAUCCGCCGGGCCCUGCCCCUCAUCCCGGCCUUAUGCACUGCCCCUCCUGCCAGGCCCAGACCAGGCACCGCCCGUUGAGCCAUCCUGCCACGCCUCCUCCCGCGCCUGCAGCUUCUCGGGAGGGCCGGUGACAGCCCCUGGUGGCAGGAGGGACUUCCCCAGUUGAGGGAUGAGGUGGUCGCUAUUUUCAGAUGUUGCUGUAGAAAUAAAGACGGUUUGAAUCUGUA